AUGCAGGGCUUUGGCAUGGGCCGCUACCGGCCCCCGGACGCCGACCCGACCAAGCAGUCCUUCAACCAGGGCCGCCACCCGCUCGGCGUGCGCGCGCGCAAAAUCGACCAGGGCAUCCUCGUCGUCCGCUUCGAGCUGCCCUUCAACAUCUGGUGCGCCGGCUGCGACAACCACAUCGGCCAGGGCGUGCGCUACAACGCCGAAAAGAGGCACGUCGGCGACUACUAUUCGACAAAGAUAUGGGCGUUCCGGUGCAAGUGCCACCUCUGCUCAAAGUGGUUCGAGAUCCGCACCGAUCCAAAGAACGCACGCUACAUCGUCCAGGAAGGUGCGAGGCAGCAGAACCAGGAGUGGGAUCCAGAGGAAAACGGCGGUCACCCAAUCUACGACGAAUCGGCCGCCGCUGGUCCCUCGAAGCCGCUCGACGCCUUCAGCCAGCUGGAGAAGCGCGAGAGCGACCGCGACAAGGCGCUGCGGCUGACCGACCGCGUGCUGGAGCUCGAGGAGCACAGCGAGGCCCGGUGGUCGGACCCGUAUACGCUCAACGCCAAGCUGCGCAGCUCGUUUCGCAAGGACAAGCGGGUCCGGACCGACAAGCUCAUCCGCGACCUCGAGCUCAAGGAGCGAAUCGGGUGGAGGGAGGAUGCCGUGCUCGCCGACGAUCACACGCCAUCCUCGACGACGCCGAGGGACCCGGCCAAUGGGCGGCUAGAAGCCGGAGCGCAGUGGCAAGACGCGAGGCUGGCCAUGCAGGCCGAACGCCUAGGUCGAGGCGCAAAGGCGCUCGAGGGCCCAGCGCCAUCGACCGCUCGCUCCGGCGGGCAGCGGCAAUCGACGUCGUCCCUCGGCAAGGCCAGCCCCUCGUCCUCGUCCUCACGAAAGACGUCCACCGCUUCAAAGCCACGCAAGACGGCCUCUAGCGCGGCGGCGGGAACUAAUGCAAAGGCAAAGGCAUCCGCCGUCGAGGCGCUCCGCCGUCAGCUGAUCGCCAACACCCGCAAGAAGCAGGACCCGUUCCUGCAGCAGCUCGACCGCCACGUCGCUCAACGGCGCUGA